AUGCCGCCAUUUGAUGCGUCUUUAAUGGGUGGACGAAAAAUUCCAUCUCCGCAACCACCACCACCCCCGCAACCAGCGGAAUCACACAGACUCUCCUCUCUAAGAACACCAGCACAACCACCGGAAUUACUAACACCACCAAGAAGAAAGAAAGAGAGGGAGGAGAGAAGGAUAACUCAGGCGAUAAAACAAAAGAAAGAGGAGCUCGAGAAGUUAAAAUCCCAGGUGUCCGUUCCACCUACACCUCCACCACCACCGCCACCGAAUUUCUUUCAGAAAUUUUUUAAAUUAAAUAAUUACAAGAAACCAGAGUCCUCCGAACAACCUCCACCGUCAAGUUCAUCUACCAUAACAACUCAACAUCCAUCAUCCCCACCUCCACCACCGCCACCACCACCGCCAAAAUCGUUUUUUCAACAAUUUUUCAACAGUGGUGGUAAAACUGCAGCUGAUUUACCAGCACCGGCACCACCAAUACCAGAAGUUGCUGACUCAUCUUCCACAAAUACAACGCUUAACCAAGGGAAACCACCAUUACCGACGUCGGCCAAGAGUUCAAGAAAGAAAGAAUAUCAUUUAACCAUCGGCAAUCAAUCUCCAGUUGCCGGGAUACCACCGCCGCCAUUUCCAACGCCAGGGAUGAAAUUUUCUGCUCAUGGGAAUCUCGUAAGAAUCCAGAAUAGUUCAUCUGAAUUCGCCGAUGAACCAGCAACAACACCAUCCUAUUUAAGUUCUGAUGUAAACACUAAGUUUAAUAAUUUCAUCUCUAAGGUUAGAGCUGGAUUCGAAGAAGAGAAGAAUAAUCCGGUUGGUAGUGAUGAUACCUCAUCGUCCUCAACAACAGCAAUCCCAUACUAUCCUACACAACCUGGUGUUUAUGAGAGGAGACCACCGCUUUAG